AUGUCUACCAUGGCUACGGACGAGAAGCACGUGAGCAGGCGAGGGUGCCUUAGGUCCAAACGAGCUCGAAUUCUCUUGGCCGUAAUUGUUUUCAUUGUCCUUUGUGCUGCGAUCAUACCGGCUGUCGUGGUCACCACUCUCAACAAGAAAAACAGUAUGGGUCCAAAAUCCAAAGUCUUCGUGCCACUCUACGUUUACCCUACCCCCGGAGCAUGGUCCCCGUUGGAGAAAGAGAUCUCUGCUCAUCCCGAUGUCAAUUUUACCGUCGUAAUCAACCCGGGAAACGGCCCAGGGCCGAACUCAUUGCCUGAUGCCAAUUAUACUCGUGAAAUACCUGUUCUCACAUCUUACGCAAAUGUCCGCCUCUUGGGUUAUGUCCACACUUCGUAUGCACAGCGCAACAUAUCCUUAGUGCGCAAGGAUAUCGGAACAUACGCCGCGUGGCCGACUGAAUCGUCGAACCCGGACUUGGCCGUUCGGGGAAUAUUCAUCGAUGAAGCACCCCAGCAAUACAGUGCCCAAUCGCUCGCUUAUUUGCAAAAUCUGACGGACUUGGUCAAGGAACUAAACGGGUUUGGUUCCAAUGGCUUUGUGGUGCACAACCCUGGAGCUGUCCCAGACUCUCGCUACUUGGCAUCUGCCGACUCAACCGUGGUCUUUGAAGGGACAUAUAGCAGCUUCCAAGAACGCCAGGGAGCUAAGCUAUUCACGGCUAUCCCGGAAAGCAACCGUACCCAGCUCUGUGCGGUAAUCCACUCAGUCCCAGAUACCGAGGAGGGGUCUAAGCUGCGCAGUCUGGUGAAAGAAGCCCGUAAGGUGGUUGAUGAGCUUUACAUCACCCAUCUUAGCACGGACUACUAUGCUAGCUUUGGGUCAAAGUGGACCGAGUUUGUUGAUUUGAUGGCGGCAUGA